CACUAAUGCUACUGAAGCCAGGAAAGAAGCAAAGGAGCUCUGGGUGGGGGGAAAAAAGAAGAAGAAGAGGGCGCGUGCGCCUCACGCGCGCAUUUCCAGUCGCGCGCGUGCAUUAAGGAGAAGCAGAGGAACCGUAACCGUUAAAAAAAAAUAAAAAAUAAAAAAAAUAAAGAAAACGUUGCAAUUUUUCUUCACUGGAACUAAGAGGCCAAAACAUUAGCAUGUUCCAGCAUGACAAUGGCCCUAAUAGCAAAGCAACCUCUAUGAAGACACGGUGUGUUAAGGUUCGGAGUGAAACAAAUCGAGUGACCUGCACAUAGCCCCGACUCUGACUCAACCCUUGCUAAACACCUUCAUGAUGAUCUGCACGCCAAACCUUCUCACCUGUAUCAUCAGUGGCAGAUCUCACUAAUGCUCCUGAGGCUGAACGAACACAAAAUCACCACAGCCAUGCUCUAAUAUCUACUGGAAAGCCUUCCCAGAAGAGAAGAAAGGAGCUUAUUAUAACAACACAGGGGAAGUAAAUCUGGAAGGGGAUAUUCUGUAAACUCAACUCCAAGGAAGCGGUCAGUCGGGGCAAUGGCGGUGCCCGCGGCUCACGAGUUCCACUGGCAGAACCUGGCACGGCUGUCAAGUGGCCGCGUGUAUCACUCUCUAGCCGAAGUUGGGGGUCAGCUAUACAUGCUGGGGGGUUGUGACGCCACUGGACGAGCCACCAACUGCAUGGAGCUCUAUUGCCCAGAGGUGGACCAGUGGGUGACCCUGCCCCCGAUGCCCACGGCCAGAGCAGGCGCCGCCAUAGCAGUGUUAGGCAAGCAGCUUCUUGUGGUCGGAGGUGUGGGCAAAGAGCAGCACCCUCUCAAAGCUGUGGAGGUCUACAACACAGAGGAGGGCAAGUGGAGGAAGAGGAGUUCGCUGAGGGAGGAGUUGAUGGGGCUCGCUAUUACUGUCAAAGAUGGCAGAGCUUUCGCUGUUGGAGGAAUGGGAUCAGACCUGCUGCCCAGAAGCGUUCUCCAGCAGUACGACCUUCGCAAGGACAUCUGGGCCCUUCUGCCGCCCAUGCCCACCCCUCGCUACGAUGCUAGCAUCUGCCUUCAGGGAUCCAAGAUAUAUGUAGCAGGUGGGCGUCAGUGUAAGCGGUUGGUAAAAGCAUUUGAAGUUUUUGACAUGGACAGCCGCAACUGGUCUUCGUUACCCAGCAUGCCUUGUAAGAGAUCCUAUUCUGGUGUGCUGUGGGACAACACAGGGCGCCUCUGCUGGCUGGGAGGUCUUCGACAAGGAGGCAUCCAUCAAAGCUCCAAGUUCACCAAGAAUGUCAGUAUCUUUGACACCAGCCAGGGAUCUUGGUUGAAGUCUGAAGAAACCGUUUCCUUGAAGACAAAACGUGCGGACUUUGUAGCAGCCAUUGUACGAGGAAGAAUGGUUGUUGCCGGUGGUCUGGGUCAUCAGCCAUCAAUGCUGGACACCGUUGAGGCUUUCCAUCCUGAAAAAAGGAAAUGGGAGACUCUGGCUCCCAUGACAUCUCCACGCUGCUCUACAUCCAGCAUCGUUAUCCGCGAUCGCCUGUUGGUGGUGGGGGGUGUCAAUCAAAUCCCAAGCUCCGCCCAUGAGAUUCUUUACGUGAAGGAAGAAGAGGUGGUUUAGCCACUCAGUAGCCCGUGGAAACGUUGCCUUCAUCAUGACACUAGACUGCUAAACACGCUUGUCUGCCUGUUAUAGAGUCUUUCAUAGGAAAAUAUAUCAAAUCAAAUAAUAUAAAAUCCAAAGCACAAAGA